CCCGCUUCUUUUUUUCUCUGUCUAUCGUUCACGCAUUCAAUAUUCUCUUGUUCUUCUUUCUCGUUCGCCGCAUCCAACUCCAUGACUCUUCUCUUCAACUCGUGUGAGAUCUUACAAUAGAUCUUUAGGGACAGAGGACGGUCUCUUCACGAGAGAACCGUACCCACUUUCAUUCUAGGAUAUCGAAAACAUCGAAAUAGAAAAGCGAACCAGUUGAUCCACUGAUCAUCCCUCCUACGCCUCGAUUUGCCUCUUCUAUUGUUACUCUCGAAGCUUCUGCAGGUUUUUACUCUCAGAGCUCUUUAGGUUCUCAUCUAAUCUUGUGAGAGACUAACUAAAGUUGCGGCCCAUUAUUAAUUAUAAGAAAUUCUCAGUUACAUUGCCUCCUCUAUACACAGAGACUGUCUUUCCUCGCAAAAUCUGACCGCCGGCCGCUGUCGCUUGACUUGUGUUCCUUGAUCUUCUCCAGCCAUUCAAAGUCUUGAAUCUAGGGUAGUCACCUUCUAAGAUGAGUAUGAGCGAUGGCAAGGUUUGCUCUUUGGAUACAAGUGGAGAUGUCAGCGAACCCUUCAAGAUCCACUCGUAGUACUACUGGAAAGCAAAGUUGCUUUGGUUGCGAUCUUCCUGUUUGUUAAUUUGACCCAACAAGAUUUUAUGGUGGCCAGCAUAAAGCCUUCAUGUUCUUGUGCUCAUUCUCAUCAUUACAGCUCACUCUUCUUCUUGCAAAUUACAAAUGCUUAUUUUCUCUCAAAUUUCAUCCAAGAAACCAGGCUUUUUAUGGAUCGUAAAGAGACAAAAAUCCAGUGGAGGAAUGAGACCCAAGAAGAAGAUAUAUCACAGAGACCAUGAUCUUGACAGAGUAAUGGACCUUCAAAAGAAGCCAUUAUUGAUUCUACAACUCAAAUCCAUCAUCCUAUCCCAGAAGCACCAGUCUCUUCUUCUUAGGGACCUCGAAAAGGAAGUUGGGUUUGUUCAGAAAUGGAACUACAUGGCUACCAUUGAGAAAUACCCCUCAAUAUUCUUUUGUGGUGGUGGUAGUAAUAAGGCACCCCCUUUUGUUACACUCACUGAAAAAGCCAGAAAGAUUGCCAAUGAGGAAAAUGAAGCAAGGGAGUUAAUGGAACCCAUUUUGGUUAAAAAUCUGAGGAAGUUGUUAAUGAUGUCUGUUGAUUGUCGUGUACCAUUAGAAAAAAUUGAAUUUGUUAAAUACGAAUUGGGUUUGCCUCAAGACUUCAAGAAUUCAUUGAUUCCCAGGUUCCCAGAAUUCUUUUCUGUGAAAGACGUCAAUGGGAAAGCUCAUCUUGUGUUGGAGAAUUGGGAGUCUUCACUAGCGGUCACUGCUCGUGAGGAAAGGCUGUCACAGGAUGGGGUUUUGGAUUCUGUUCGAUCUAGAAUGAAGGUUUGGAUAAUGAAAGACGGUAAUUAUUUGGGUCAAUUUGCUUUUAAAAUGUGUUUUCCACCUAGUUUUAGACCUAAUAGGAGUUAUCUUGAGGAACUUCAGAGGUGGCAGAAGAUGGAAUUUCCUUCUCCAUACCUAAAUGCAAGAAGAUUCGAGUUUGCAGACCCAAAAGCACGAAAGCGUGUAGUGGCAGUGCUUCAUGAACUCCUCAGUCUGACUAUGGAGAAGAGGAUGACAUCUGCGCAACUGGAUGCAUUUUGCUCAGAGUAUAUGCUACCAACUAGAUUAUUGCUUUGUUUGAUAAAGCAUCAUGGCAUCUUUUACAUCACUAACAAAGGUGUGAGGAGUACAGUUUUCCUUAAAGAAGCAUAUGAUGGAUCAAAAUUAAUUGAUAAAUGUCCUUUAUUAGUUUUUAAUGAUAAGUUUAUUGCUCUUAGCGGUAGGAGAGAUAGCAACUUACAUCAUAAGAUGCCUUCUCCACAGCUUGUUACUUGAAACAGAAUUUUGGCAUUUUAAACAAAGAUUAAUAAAUAAUUACUGCACACUAUGUUUCCAGUGA